AUGUUAAUACAUUUUCCGGAUAAAAUUGUUCCAAAAGCUCAUUUUAUUCGUGAAUAUGAGCGAAUAGUACAUGAUUAUGGUUCAGCUGCACAUCAGUGGUGCUCGAGAUACGAAGCAUGUCAUACUUAUUUUAAAAAACUGGCAAUAAGAACAAAUAAUUGCAAGAAUACUCCAAAAAUGCUUGCAACACAUUUUCGUCUCAAGCAAUGCUUGAAAUUUACGCGUUUAUCUCAAUUUAAAAGUUUUUAUUAUUUUAUAGGAAUUAAAAAAAUUCAACACUCAUCUUUUAAUAUAGCAAUGAAAAAUGUUUUAGUUCAUCAUUUUGGUUAUAUUAAUUUAAACAAUGAUUUAUUUCAAUGUACUAAAUUAAUUAAUGAAAACAUCGAGUAUUGCAGAUCAGCUGUAUAUAUAAUUAACUUGAGAAGUGAUAAUGAACAACCUUUAUUUACUCAAGUAAUUUUUAUUCUCAAAAUGAACGAAAAAUGGUGUUUACUGGUAGAUUUACUUAAUACUCUAUCAUGCGAUGAAGAUUUAUUUGCUUGGAAAGUCAAUCAUGAUAUUUUACCUGAAUCUGCUGAUUCAUCAUCAACCGUUACAAAAGAUCCUCAAUCAUCAUCUAUUACUUCAAUACAUUCUCAACCAUCAUCUAUUACUUCAAUACAUUCUCAACCAUCAUCUAUUAUUACAACAUAUUCUCAAUCAUCAACUUUUACUAUUGAAUCAUCAACUGAUUGUUUACCAAAAUCAUCUACUAAUAAUUCAAUAUCUCAUCAACGUGAUAAUAGUGCAAAUAUUAAUGUACCUUUUCCAGAUGAAUAUCGUAUUCCAUCAUUACCAAAUGGUUUGAUAAAAGAUAUUGAAGCCGGAUCUUUACAUACAUUUGGUCCACGUUAUACAAAUCGUCAAACUCUUAUUGAUGCUAUUAGCUAUGAUCUCAUUGAAAAAUACAAACUCUUUUAUCCAUCAUCAAAACAAUUUGAUAAAAUUGGUAAUGCAAUUGUUAAAUUUCUAAAAUUGCCUUUAAUAAAAGAAAACAUAGCGAUAUGGAAAGAUGCAUUACAAGCAAAAUUAAAACGUAAACGUGCUGAAAACUUAGAUAAUAUUAUUGUUCAAGAUUAUCAUUUAAAAUAUUCACGAGCAGGAUCUGGACGUCCGGUUAAACGAAGACUUGAUGAAACAGCUUAA